AAUGGCCUAGGCAUGCACACUGCAGCACGCUAUUACACUAGGAAUUAUCCAGGGUGGAGAACAGGGCUCCACACAGGAGAUCGCACAGGAGCCGGUCCAUGGCGCCCCUGCUCCAUCUCCCUGCAGGAGGGGCAGGAGCCCCACACCAGCAACAGAGCCCAGGGCAGGCUCAGGGGGGAAAACGUGUCCACAGGGGACAGGAAUGAGACCUGCAUGGUGUGGAGCGUCCAGGCAGGCAGGCUGGAGAAGCUGGUGGGAAACCUGGUGCCUGCCUUCCUGGGCGGCGCCCCCUCCAACCUCCCCACAUUCCUGGGCACCUACAGGGCUUUCCCUACCACCCAGCAGAUGCUGGACCUUCUCUCCACAAGUUAUGGAUGCAUCCUCCCUUACUCUGAUGAGGACGGUGGACCCCUGCACCAGCUGAAAAUGUCCCUCACUCUGGGGAAGAAGCCUGUACAUUAUGAGUUGCUGACUGAAGAGGUCCCCCUGGCCUGGCACCGAGGGAGACCAGCAGACAGAGGAGCACCUGGGUCCUGACUCGAGUCCACAGCCCCAAACCCCUGGGAGACACUGGCAGAGGCCUCCAGCUGAGUCCUGUUCAAUUCCUGGCCUACAGAUAGUGUGAGAUAAUGUUUGUUGCUUAAGCCACUAAGAGUGGCUAAUGCUGUCGCACACAGUGGAUCACUCCCACGGCCAUCAAGCACCAGGCCCUGGCCCUGGCCUCCCUACUGUCCCCUACUGUCCUCCCAAGCUCCCACCAGCCACACUGGCCCCCUUCUGACUCCCUCUCUGGCCAAACACAUUCAGCUUCUAUGUUUCGUGCCUUCUUCUAGGCUAAUUCUCCCCAGAUGUGUGCAGGGCUGGCUCCUUCUCGUCUCACUGCUGGGAACAGACAUGUCACCUCAAUGCAGCCUUUCCAGAUCCCCUCACCUAGUGGACCCCAGGACCCCGUUGUGGCACCCUGCUGUUUUUCGAUAUAGAACUUGCUGUUUUCUUUCUUUUGUUUCUGUAUUCUUGGUUUUGUCUAUUUUCCCUUCCAGACUGUGAGCUGCUAGAGGGCAGGGACCCUGGUGGUUCUUUUCAUCAUGGCCCCCAUUUGAGGGCUCAGGGCACAGCUGGUGAAUGAGUAGAUAAGAGGCUCCAUCCUGCCACUGACAAGCUCAGAUGUUAGAGAUGGAUGCUAAUAAGAGGAGGUACAGGCCAGGUCAGGGGCAGGGGAAUGUUCAGGAGUCCAGGGGACACUCUCCUGGCCCCAGUUGCUCCAGUAGAGCACACUGGACACAUCAUUCCCCCUGAUGGGAACCACUCAUACUACACACCAAGCAGGGAAGCCACAGCACAAAACAUACCUUUGUUUCAGAGACUUCAGGGCAUCAACAUUCCUUGGGCCCCGGCAUGUUGGGGCCCCCCCCCGGAAAGGGGCCCUCUUGUCCACAUUGGCCCUGUGGUGUCCAGUUCCCUUACAAGGACUCCUCAGCACAGCCAGUGCAGUGGUUCUCGCCUCAAUUUCAAAUGAGGACCCUGAUGGUCUAACAAGGGGGAAUUUCUUUUAGUCCAAGGAAGAGUGAUCCAGGUUUCAGUUAUUGUCCUUCUUCUUUUCCAUUUUUCACCAUCCAAAGGUCCACUCCUUCCCUGACCCCAUGCCCCAUGGUCCCUUCCUAUAAUGUGUGAGUGUCGGUGUACACUUGUGUGGACAUGCAGAGGAAUCUACUCCACAUGUUCUGGGGUCCUAGGAGUUCUAAUUCCAAAGCAAGCCCUGUGGGAGGAGGCAGCCCUAGCCUAGGAGGUCCAAACUCUCACUUCAUCUCAAGACUCUGCCCCUGCCCAGUGCCCUGGGUUUUCCCUGCCCCUUUCUGGCCCUCAGUUUUCCAAUUGUACAAUGAUGGGUUAAAAAAAAAGACGUUCUAAAGCCUGCACACAGUCUGACUAGCCUUCCACAUCCCUGGGCUGGGUAUGUCUUGGUGAUACAAGCACCCUCAGGCAUUCCUUACAGGUUGGAGUCACCCCAGUGGUUCUUGGGUCCCUCUGACCUGCAGCCAGGAAGGGGUUUCAGCCUCAAUUAACCUUGUGCACUGAGGGACAAGGGACAGUUCCCCAAGAUGUGCUGAGGCACUGUAAGUAAUAGAAGAUGACAUGGAUGCGGACCAGGCCAAGGAAUGGGAUCUUCAGAAUAGAUGAGCCACCUUCAACCUUGCGACUGCCAUGGUACCUACGAGGACGUUUCUGAGAUGGGGAUUGUCACGUCAAAGUUCACACCGUAUUUCAGUGCAAAACCAAUAGUUUCCUUAAUAUUAGAUUUCCGUAAUAUAACAGAAAACCCAGAACAAUACAGGCUCAGACAAGAGGCAGAGUUUUUCCUUUCUCAUGUAAAAAGAUCUAUGAACUUGGACAGUCCUUGCUGACCCUGAAAUGCACAUGAUUAUAGUCAGCCAUCAUCUGUCUUUCUGUUCCAGCAGCUUUUAGGUAGUGUCAAUCCUUAAGUCAGUCUCCUACCCCAAAAUGGCUGCUGGAGCACCAGCCUAGACCAGCCACCAUGUCUUCAUUUCUGAGGCAGGACGGAGCAAAGAUGAAGGGCCAUAGCGCCCACACAGCUGUGUCUGCACUGUCUAAGCAGUCCCCAAAGCUCCAGGUAAUCUUUCUAUUCACAACUGGUUUGCCUGAAGUUUGGCCACUCUGAGCUGCUAGAGAGG